GGUCGAGGGCCUUCGGCAACCAGCACUUUCCGGAGACUUAGUCCGAGACAUUAUGGAGCUCGCCCUCAAGGGAGAAUCACAGCGUCUCUUUGCUGGCUUAGUAGACCACAUGCGCAGAGACGUCAAAACUGUGGACGAUACGGACGUCGUUGACGAACAGUCGCUUUGGUCUGAGGAAGAGGCAGAGAUCAUCAGGAACAGCCAAUGGGGCGCCACUACCCAAACAGACAUGGUGCUGCACAAAAUUUGGGGGUCCUAUGCAAAAGUCGAUAUGGUCCUUGUCGAUGCCAUGCUGCCUGUCUCGGUCGCGAAUCGCGAUUCCGAUAUCGUGUCACUGCUCCUGAAGCGCGGUGCAGAUGUGCACCGACCGGUGCGCUUCCGAGGGGCUCGGCGGCUAGAUCCGUCCGAGACUAUCACACCACUUCUCAUGGCCAUUUUGCAAGAUUCCCGCGAGUUGGUAGCCUUGAUGCUAGAGAGCGGCCGAAAGGCUAGGGAUGGUCCGAAGCUACUUGCGGCAAUUGAGACUACUGCCGGGCGUGGCGGGAUGCGCCGGACAGAAUUGACAAGGAUGCUAAUUGCGCAUGGUGCGCUCGAAGGAGAGGCUGCAGAACAACAAAUCGAGUCAACCGGCAGUGGGAGUGAGGACAAAUUCAGCAUCCGGGAUGCUGGAGAGAAGUCGCAGGAUCUUGCAUGGUGGGAGAAUGCGCUCGUUGGGGAGUGGGAAGGAGAAUACACAUACACUCACUCGUGGCACGGGGGAGUUCGCUACCCCACCUCCUUCCAGGUCGGUGGUGUGGCAAGCAAGAAGUUGCUCAGCGUGCUUGACAAGGACGCGACGCUAUUUGAUGGCGGCGGCAGCGACACUGUCGACAGGUUUGCGAUCCAUGGUCAGGUCCUGAGCGGAAAUACGGUCCGCUUCGUCAAACUAUACCCCCCAGAUAGUUGGAUGUAUGAAGGUUCGGUCGAUCAGGCAGAAGGCAGAUGGCGUAUGAGGGGAACCUGGGGCUUGAGAUUUGGCAGAGCCCACGCACGUGGCCGUUUCACGUUGAUGAAGAAGAAAGAUUGAAGUGACUGAUGGUAUUUCCUAAAAUCUGCAGUGUAGAACUUGAAUGCGGCCAAACACCGGGACA